AUGGCAAAAUUCUCUUGCAUUUUUAUCUUAAUCUCCGUAAUCAUUUUCGCUCUUCAACCUGCAAACAUUAGCGCUGGUCCUAUUUCUUAUGCAAUUUGUCAAAGUGCAUGUAAUGUGGGCUGGGUUUCUUGUUACGCAUCUGCUGGAUUAGUCGCAGAAUAUAAAAUCGAAAUCACAGCAUCAUAUCAGUUCUGGUCAUAUGAUCGUCCGACAGUUACACCUAUGAUGCAAUCAGUUGAAAACUGGACUUACGAAAAGCUUAUAAAGAUUUAUCGUGCUACUUCAGGACAAAAGUACCCGAAAAAAGUGCUAGAUAGCACAAAGAAAGAUCUAAAAAAGGUGAAAGAAACGAACUCUGAAUUCGACACGACGCGUCCCAAAGAAUCGUUGAUAACUGGAAACUGUGAUUCCUGGUCUACAGUUACGAACUCUUCGUUCGACACUCAAGCAAGCGCAAGCUGUGACUUUUGGUCCACAGUGAUGAAAUCUUCGUUUGACGCUUUCUUUUCUUGUGCAUUUAUGUUUUUUUUGUAUAAUGUUUCUUGUAAUUCUGUAUUCUUUAAAAAUUGGAUCACGAUGAGCGGUGAUACAGGAAUAAAGUUCGAGUUUAAUCAGGUGCUCGCGAAUGGUAAUACUGUGUCAAUCGAUAAAAUCAAUAAUCACCGUUUAACUGAAAAACGUAGCCGGGACAAUGGAGACGAUGGAAAGGAUAUAAGUAACACAGAAUUGGACGAACAAGGAAAUGACACUGAGGAGGACGAUGCAUGGUAUUCAUAUUAA